AUGACGAUUGGUGAGAUAGAUAUCAAGGACUACUUCGACCAGGAGACGCUUGAUGCUCUAGAGCAAGCUUUCCUGGAGUUCGACACCAGCGGUGAUGGCUCGAUUGGCAAAGAUGAGCUUCGCGACUUAUUUGCCAAACUCGGCAAGACGUUGACAAAGAAGCAAGUCGACGCAAUCGUUCGAGAGAUUGACUCCGAUGGGAACGGGGAGAUCGACUUCGAGGAGCUCUGCUACCUGGAGAUCGUCAUGUCCGGCGCUAGGCCCCAAGUUCAUUUGAUCGACUACAAGACGUUCCUUACUGAAAAGGUCAUCAAGCAGCUGGAGCAGUGGUUCUCCUUGAACGAUAUGGAUGACUCGGGCGCGAUCUCGAUUGACGAUGCUCUGAAGAUCGCGGAACAGCAGGACGUCAAGGUCACCAUGGACGAUGUGAUGGGCCUUCUGUCACAGGUCGAGUCGGCGGCAGCAGGGCAUAUCAACUUUCCGUGCUUCUGCGCCCUAUGGGCGCUCAUAACGAAUGCGCAGAAGAUGAUCAACUACCGGGAGUAUCUUGAAUCCGAAGAGGUGGCAUCCUACAGAGCGAUGUUUCAGGAAGCAAGCGGCGGCAAGUCAGAGUUGAACCGAAAGCAGGUUGCAGAUACCCUUCGGAACACUGGCUUCGUCCGUGUGCGCCGUCAUCUCACACGCAUCUGGGAGGAGAUGGCCAUUGACAAGAAGACGAUGCUGGACUUUUCGCAGUUUUGCAUCGUCAUUGUCAGACUCAUGAAGCGGCGCAAGUAUCGCGAAGUUAACCCAGAGACCUGCACCUGCGCGAAUCUCUACGAGGAGGGCUUCACUGUCAAG